GAGUUACCAGAACCACGAUUUCAUGAUUAGAAGAUAACUGAGAAACGAACAUGGAUGCAUCGAAGUUCUCCAAUUUCACUAUUGAUUACAUUCUGGGGGAAAGAACAGGACCUCACACACAUGCAGACCUCUCAUCAGCAUCGCAGAACUUUCAGGAAGAGUUCAGCAAAGUGAGCCUGCCUUCAGUGAGUGGGUUUAAUGCUCAGGCUAGCGGGGUGCCAGUGAUGGGUUUCCCUGCGCCCUGCCCGGGCAUCUACGAUACAGCAGCUUGUUAUAACACUUUCCACUGCUGUGGACCUGUCACUUACUAUCAGACCAACUUUAACAUGGGUUACUGCGGCGGGGAGCACUGGAUUCAUGGCCAGCCAGAUUACGACAAAGAGGAAAGUCAUCAGAGUCCGCAGCACAGGCAGCGAAACCGCAUUAGGACAGUGUUCACCGAGAGCCAGGUGAAGCAGCUCGAUCAGCUCUUCAGCAUCACCGACUACCCCACUGCGGAAGCGCGCGCACAGCUGGCGAGGAGCACGGGCCUGAGCGAAGAGACAGUCCGGGUAUGGUUCAAAAACCGCCGGGCUCGACGCAAGAGGCAGAAAACCACAAGUGACUCAACAGAACCUUAAACAACUUAUCUUAUUAUUUUUUUAUUUAGAGCAGAACACUUGUUUUAAACAAAAUAAAGCUUGAUGUUUCACAUAAACUGCAUUGUUGUUUUGUACUUUUUUUUAACCAACAGGUACAUUCAUGUAUGAUUAAGUUUUCUACAAAU